UGUUGUACACAGGGAGGAGCUCCAGUGUCUGUGCUGGAAACCACGUCACUGAACGCGGAACUUUUCAGUAAACGACAAAACGACCCUCGGUAAUGUCACAUUAAUCUGCUGUCGGUCUAAAACACACUUUAAAUCCGUCCUCCUAGUUUAUUAGACGAAGUACUGUCCCAAUGGCGAGCGCUCCUCCUCCGGACUCCAGUGCACAGAUGGGCUAUGCACCUCCGCCACCGUCUUACGCUGAAACUAUAGGCGCAGGGGCCCUAUACCCACAAGGCACUGCGUCUCCUCCACCUCCAGUCUACAAAGAAGGAGCUCCUUAUCCAACACAGCCUUAUACACAAAUGUAUCCACCGCCUCAACCUGUGCCGUCCAUGGCCAGCCCACCUAUGGUUUCAGUGCAGACGGUGUACGUGCAGCCGGUUUCGUUUGCAGACGUUCCAGCGCAGACCUGUUGUCCUGUGUGUUCUCAGACUGUGGUAACGCGACUGGAGCACAAUCCAGGCACCAUGGCCUGGCUGGUCUGUGCAGGCCUGUGCAUUAUUGGCUGUAUGUACGGGUGUUGCCUGAUCCCCUUCUGUGUGGACAGCCUGAAGGAUGUGACACACUUUUGCCCCAACUGCAACAGAGCUAUUGGCUCGUUCAAGCGUCUCUAAUGUCCUAAGCGAGCGCGUAUCCAUUGUACCUUUUUAUACCUUCAAACAUUGUGCGUUUUGUAUUAAUGCAGAAUAUAUAAUCCACUUUAUAAAAUUAACUCAAUUCUAUUCAAUGUAAUCUACUUUUCUUCUUCUACUAUCUUUGCACUGCACAUUUAUACAAAACAAACUGUUACGAUCUAAAAUAUAAUUAAAGAUGUAUAACUAAAUAAUGUUUAACACACCUGAGGUCUAGUUAGUUUAUUUACAUUUUUGUUAGCUGUGAUGGACUGAAUAUGUGAAAAUGGAUUCUUAAACUUUUCAAUCUGACUAAAACGAUAACCGCUCCCUGAAAGAUGAAUAAACCUCCAAAGUGCCUCAUA